AUGGCUAACGAAGCCAACGUACCAGUCGAGGGCAACCGACCUAUUAGCAUAAGGGAUGCAGCGGACAUAGUGCCACCUUUCGAUGGCCACAACAUAUCCGUAUAUCAAUUCACGAAGAAUUGCCUUAAUGCUAGAGGAAUGAUUUCACCGAACGCCGAAUACGGCCUGGUCCAGCUAAUUAAAAACAAAUUAUAUGGACAAGCUUCGAGAGUAGUAUUGAGCGGAGACUACAAUACAAUCGAACAGCUAAUUACGGUAUUAAAAUCACGAUUUGCUCCUUUGUACUCAUCGAUACAACUAUACGGAGACAUGUCGAAGAUGGCUCAAAUGGCGAACGAAGCAGUCGUCGACUAUAGCAGCCGAGUCUCUAGUAUCCUGCUGCAAAUUCAGAACUGUAAUGAAAUUGAAGUUCCUGAUCAUACGCAGCAAUAUAAUGUAUCUGCAGAAGCCAAUGCUGUCAAAGCAUUUCUGACUGGGAUGAAACCAGAAAUCUUCAGUCGAUUGCGAAAUUGCGAAUUCGACACCUUGGACGAUGCAAUUAGCGCAGCUAUCAAAGGCGAAGCGGAAUACAAAGAAAACAUGAUGAGAACGAAGAUAACUGAGGGAUAUACCCAGGCCGUUCAAUGCAGCAAUUGUUUUGGAUACGGCCACAGCACCAACACCUGCAGUAGCCGUUCAUUCCAAAGGCAGCAGGUAUCAUCAAUCCAGUGGCAGCCAAAAUAUUGCCAGCAUUGCCAGCGCCCGGGACAUACGAUUCAAAAUUGCUGGUUCAACAAUAACAACUUCAACAACAAUAAUAACAACAACUUCAACAGCAACUACAACAACUACAAUAAUUACAAUCAGCCAAGAAAUCAAUGGAUGCAACCAAACCGGGUUCCACAAAACCAAACCCCGGUAAACCAGCUUCAAAAUAUGGGUCGUAAUCCUUCAUAUCAACGCCAAGGAACGGGACAACCACCGGCUUUUCAACAUCCGGCAAACCAACCUUUGGCGAAUCCGACAAAUCAAACCCCGGGAAAUCAACCUCCUAAUAACUGGUACCAAGGCACCGCAAACUGGAGAAGACAACAACCUCCAAUAUGCGCUUAUUGCCAAAACAUUGGCCAUACUAUUGAACAAUGCAGGAAAAAAGCAUAUCAAGAAAAAAUCAAAAAUCAACCACAACAACAAACUACAACUCAAGAACCACAGGUACGUAAAGAAACAAACCUGUGUUUAAAAGCAAAUUACGCAGAAAAACCUCCAAGCAUCAAACUCAUAAGUGAAAAUUUUCAUCAAGGAGUAGCAUCAUUAAUGAUCGACACUGGAUCAGAUAUAAAUAUUAUAAAAAAACAUAUUAUAUCAAAUAAAGCGAUAAUUAAUACAAAUAUUAUCUUCGAAUUAAACGGAAUAACCGAAGGAUAUCUUUCAACCCUAGGCUACAUCGAAGUAAAAGCGCUGGAUACAGAGUCCAUAUUCCACGUCGUGGAGGACCUUCCAAUAGCACACGAUGGAAUACUAGGAACAGAAUUCUUCAAGAAUAGCGGAGCGAACAUUGACUAUGCCAAAUCUAUGCUCAUAGUCAACAAUUAUAUUAUACCAUUCCAAGAACCUUUAAUCACCAUACCAUCAAGAACUAGGACAACAAUACCUAUCAAAAUAGAAAAUACAAAAGAAACAACGGGCUUUAUACCAAAAAUUGAUAUACAUCCACAAUUAUACAUGGGAAACGCAGUCGUAACAAACAGAACUGGAAUAGCCUUCCUUCAUGCAACAAAUGUCUCUUCUGAAGAAAUAAAAAUUGAAAUGCCUACCGUACAAUUGGAACCAUACGAAGAAAUCAAAAUAGAAGAAGAAGAAGAAACGCUAUCAGACUCUACUAAACGCAUAACCACACUAUUUACAUCACUUCGCCUGGAACAUCUAAAUAAAGAAGAAAAAUCAAGCAUAAAAAAUUUAAUUUCAAACAACGCUGAUCGAUUCUAUUUAAACGAAGAUGAACUUGGAGCUACAAACAAAAUUUUUCAUCGAAUAAUUACAACCGACGAAGCUCCAGUUAAUAUAAAGCAAUAUAGAUACCCGCAAGCACUGAAAGAAGAAGUAAAUAAACAAGUCAAUGAAUUAUUAGAGAAAGAUAUCAUCGAACAUUCAUCAUCACCUUACAAUUCUCCAAUUUGGAUAGUACCAAAAAAAGAAGAUACACAAGGAAAUAAAUCAUGGAGAUUAGUUAUCGAUUUCAGAAAAUUAAACGAAAAAACAAUUAGCGAUGCAUAUCCAUUGCCAAAUAUAGUCGAUAUUCUGGAUCAAUUGGGAAGCGCAAAAUACUUCUCAAUAUUCGACUUAAAGUCUAGCUUCCAUCAAAUACCCAUGCAUCCAGACGAUAAGCACAAAACAGCUUUCUCAACGCCAUUUGGACACUUCCAAUUCAAAAGAAUGCCAUUUGGUUUGAAAAACGCUGCAGGUUCAUUCCAGAGGCUUAUGAACAACGUUCUGGAUGGACUACAAGGGGUUGAAGCAUUCGUGUAUAUUGACGACAUAGUAAUAUAUGCUAGUUCAAUAGAAGAACACGAAACAAAAUUUAAUAGACUUAUGGCAAGACUGAGAGAAGCAAACCUAUACCUCCAGCCGGAAAAAUGCGAGCUACUAAAGAAGGAAGUAGCCUAUUUGGGACACAUUAUCACAGAAGAUGGAGUGAAGCCUGACCCGAAGAAAAUAGAAGCGGUCAAAGAGUUUCCAGUUCCAAAAACAGUAAAAAAUAUUAGGCAAUUCCUUGGUUUAUGCGGAUAUUACAGAAGAUUCAUAAAAAAUUUUUCAAAAAUAGCUAAACCCUUAUCAGAUUUAACAAAAAAAGAACAAAAAUUCGAAUGGACGCAACAGCAACAACAAGCCUUCAUCAUCCUCAGAGACAAAUUAUGCGAAGAACCAAUUCUUCAGUAUCCAGAUUUUACAAAACCUUUCAAUAUUACCACAGACGCAUCCGGAAUCGCCGUUGGAGCAGUACUAAGCCAAGGCGAAAUCGGAAAAGAUCAACCGGUAUCAUACACUUCAAGAGUUUUAAAUAAGGCAGAAACUCAAUAUUCUGCCACAGAAAGAGAAUUACUAGCAGUCAUAUAUGCCGUAACUCAUUUUAGGCCCUAUAUUUAUGGAAGAAAAUUUUAUCUAAUAACAGACCACAAACCAUUAACGUGGCUGCAUAAUUUAACAGAUCCUGCAUCAAGAUUAAUGCGUUGGAAACUAAAACUAAGCGAAUACGACUACGAAAUUAAAUAUAAACCUGGAAAACAAAAUAUAAACGCCGACGCAUUAUCCCGAAAUCCUAUUAUAACCCUACCAAUUCAAGCGAAACGGAAACACUCUACCACGGAUUCAAAAGAGUUAAAAAAGAAGAAACAAUGGCACCAAUAUGCUACGAGACCUAGAGCAACCACUUCAACCACAGAAUCAAGAGAAAUUAAAAAGAAAAAACAAUGGCAUCAAUACCCAACACGCCCUAGACCAUCGACGACAUCCGAUUCUAGGGAAUACAAAAAGAAAAAGGAAACCCACCAAUAUCCUACACGUCCUAGACCAUCGACGACAUCCGAUUCUAGGGAAUACAAAAAGAAAAAAGAAACUCACCAAUAUCCUACACGUCCUAGACCAUCGACGACAUCCGAUUCUAGGGAACACAAGAAAAAAAAGGAAACUCAUCAACACCCUACAAGACCGAGACCAACAACAUCAUCAAGUUCAAGAGAAAUCAAAAAGAAGAAAGAGACGCAUCAAUAUCCAACAAGACGCCGAGACACAUCUUCAGAACAAAACAGACAGACAAAAAAGAAAAAACAAUCAUAUCAACACGCCACACGACAAAGAGAUACUUCCUCCGAAUCCGAAAGAAGUAUUGUAAGAAAGAAAACAACACACCAAUAUUCUACUCGCCAGCGAGAUACUUCAUCUGAUUCAGAGAGAGAAAUAAAAAAGGGAAAAAUUACACAACACCACAAAAGACCACAUAAAACAAGCAGCAGUCAACAUCAAAAACGUCUAAAAGAAGAUACUACUUCCAGUGAAUCAGAAUAUUGCGAUACUGAUGAAUUCCAAGAUCAACAACACAAGAAGAGGAAAAAGGAAACAUCAAGCUCUACAAACAAACAAUAUAAAAAGAAAAAACCGAACCAGGAAAAAAUCACAGUAGAAAUUCACCAAUUACCUAAAAAACAACUAAUUUCUGAACCUCCUAAACCACUUAAAAGGAGACAUGAACCAAUAAUAAUUGGUGAUGAAAUUGAAGAUUUUGAAGAGGGAAUAACUCUACCCAAACAUAUAUAUAGAGAACCACCCAAAAUAGAUUCAUCUUCAGAAACUAAAAAAGCAUCCUCAGAAAUAAAAAAAUCAUCAUCAGAAAUAAAAAAGGCAUCUUCAGGAACAAAAAGAGCAUCUUUAGGAACCAGAGAAGAAUUUUCAGAGCUGAAAAAAGAAGAAAAAACUGAUUCAGGAAGUACAUCUACAGCACCUAUAACUCCUAUUAAAAUUAUUAAAGAAGAAGACCAACUUACCACACAUAAAAUAACACCACCAAAAGUGAUCAGCAACCUACCAGUCACAUCAAAAAUAGUAGAGACAACUGACCACCUCUGGAUGAAGAAAGGGAUAGUAAUUGUAUUCCUAAAUGAAGAGGGAAAACCAAUAGAUAAUCAAUCAAGAGAAUUUUUACAAAAAGAAAAAAUGAAAAUACACAUACCUCAACAGGAAGAAAUUAUCAUACAUUUAAAAAAGAAGAAUAAAGAAAUAUUUGGCCUAGUAACACAAUCAAGAGAAGACCUACCUAAAACACUAAAAAUACUUUAUCAAGAAUUCCAUAAAAGACAAAUUCAAGAAUGCUCUAUACCUGAAUUAAAAGGAUUACAUAAACUCCUACAAGUAAUUUUUGCAGAAUCAAACAUUUCCAUCACAUUAUGUAAAGGAAUCAUUAUCACACCACCUAAAGAAGAAAGAAUACAGAUCAUUAAAGAAAACCAUGAAAGCCCAAACAUGAAAAAAGAAAUCACUGAUUAUAUUAGAACCUGCAUCAGUUGUCAAAAAGUAAAAUUAGUAAGGAUGAAAAACAAAGAACCUAUGGUCAUCACUGACACCCCUAUUGAUGCAUUUGACAAAGUAUCUUUAGACAUAUUAGGACCACUACCAAUUACUACAUCAGGAAAUAGUUAUAUACUCACCAUCCAGGAUAAUUUAACUAAAUAUUCAGCUGCAAUACCUUUAAUAUCAACCACAUCUGAAGAAGUAGCAAAAGCUUUUACAGAAAACUUUAUAUGCAAAUUUGGUAGUCCAAAAGCCAUACUUACAGACCAAGACUCCAACACAGCAGAAACUAGAAAUGGAUACACCAUGGAGGUUAACCCUCAUUGA